GUCAUGUUUACUUUUACAGAGCCGGUGGCACUUUUUUUAGUACUUUUAACACUAGAGAGCACUGCGAAUCCGGGGCCACCAAGUUGUUUCAUCGAUCUGGUGGAUAACCCUGACAAUGUAUCCCCUUUGAUAAUAGACACCGAUUACAACUUUCCUAACCCAACUAAUCUAACUGGUGUCUCGAUUCAUUCUGGACAAAGACUCUACUGGGCCUGUCCUGGAGGCUACUUCAGCGAACCCGGUUUCAACGUCAACGGUCAGAUAGCACACUGUGGAGGUGGAACUUUCCACACCGGCCAAGGACACCCCAUACUAUACGAAAAUGUAACCUGCACUUUAGUAGACGCACUAAGACCACAUUUGACAGAAAUUCAUAUCAAUCCUGGAGUGCUAUGUGAACUAGGGACCAGCAGACCCAUUAGCAUAGGCUACAGCGUUAACCACAAUUUUGUUAAAGUCCUGGACGCUUGCUUCCAAACAGACGUCAACAUUCCUCUGUACACUAAAUAUACGUCAACCAGAUGGGCAUCUUUGAUACCAAAUCAUCGAGAACCUCCAAGUCGCUAUUUUUACGCCGUGGAUAUAAUUCACGCAGAUGUGGCUAACGUCUACAACGACAUCAACGCUAAUCUAGAAAAUCUGGGACUUGAAAAUUACGUUAAUGAUACGUUCUAUUUGACAAAAGGAAGUCUUGCCUCGCAGUGGGAGUUUCUUUACACGUAUCAAAGAGACGCAACUUUUGAUUUGACCAACGUGGCACCCCAGUGGAACUCAGUUGGUAGUGGAAACUGGGGGGCGAUAAUUUCAGGAGUUCAGACGUUUUUAGAACUUGGAAGCAUUGGAGAUGAAGCUAAAGUUAUCAGUGGGACGUUAAAAGUAGCCACCUUAACAGAUUCGUCGGGUUCAGAUGUAGAACUUUAUUUGCUGAAUGGUAAAGUUCCAGUUCCAAAGUGGUUCUGGAAGUUGAUAUAUUUUCCAGAGUUGCAUUUUGGUGCCAUAUUUUUCGUGUAUAAUAAUAUUUACCAUGAGAAAAGUCAAGUGGAUGCGGAAUUUUUGGCUGAAAUAUGCGUCAAUGAUGUAUUACUGGAUGUGAUAGCUGGAUGGUCACUAGAUGAUAUUAAGUAUGAUGAUCAGACUGGAGGAUUUGCAUACGCUUGUGUUUUAAAUACUGCUCAAAUCCUUGACCCGGUCAUACUUAAAGUUGUUGCUAAUUUUUUGGCAGAAGUGGGAGUUCAAGCUGUUAAUUUAUUUUGACGUAUUAACAAUUAACUGCUACUCCUUCAUAAUAAUGGUCCUUUUCUAAUGGUGGUUGUAACGUUAUAUAUUACUAUAUCUGACAUAAUUAUAUAAUAGUU